CAGACAGUUGGGCACCAAGCAACAAGGUAACUUACAACCCAACAUCUUGCCAUUAAUAUACCUACCCAUUCCGGCGCUUAAUCACUAUGCUGCCACUGCCAGAAUGAAAUGCAAUCUGAUUUAUUGCGUCGUCCUUGUGAUAUCCUCGAUGAUGGUCCGUCUGCUGGCCGGAGCUCAAAGGACAACGACGGUCACCUUGACCGAAGCCAGAACCACCACAUCUACAGUUCACCUGAGCACCAACUUGGCAUGCGCUCAAUUGGUCAACGUAACUGGGAGAUGUCGCCAACGUCGAGGAUUUCCUGCCGAGGAGCCCGUCAUCCUGGUGAUGGACUACCACGAGCCCAACUGGUUCAACCCUCAAUCCCAUUGGCAAUUCAUUCCCACUCAAACGUUCAGCGUGGAAGCCACACCUUUGGCGAUCAUCUCCGAUUGGUCGGUGAAUAAUUAUCCAAUCAAUUUCCAACCACCGGCCAGCAAAGUCGAACCUUCAAUCUCGGGCCGCAAUAAAAAUCCUUUCAACCGACAGCAGGGAUAUUUCACCAAGUUCUUGAACGGCUUGUUCAAUUCAAUCGUGUCGACCGUCAACGUCACGGUGACCAACGUCUUCACACACACAUUGUCGACGACGACGACCAACACGACCAGUUUCAUCCUGAUGGGCUGCACUCCCAGUCCACUGCCUUAUUCCGUCUGCCCAGCAUCAACAACCGCACCCGCGAAAAUUUCAAAUAACGACGAAGAAAGACAAAUUCUGUUUCAACUCUGGAACCGAUACAGAUGGCGGCCGUUCGUGACUUAUUCGGUGGUGAGACGGACGACAACCAUCACCGCCGCGGUCAUCUCGUCGACGGUGGGACUCUGCGCCAAAUUGGUCAACGUCACCGGGCCCUGUCGGAUCAGACGGGGCCUCUGGGUCGAUGACCCCAUCGUCCUGAGCUUCGACGACGACAUGGACUCGAUCGACGAGGCUCUUUCGCCCAGCAGAACUUUAAGGUAAGACCCGCCAAAUUCAAAUUUCUAUAGAACCCCGCCCU